CCCGGAAGCGGAAGUGAGCGGCGGGGGCGCGGGAGCUUCGAAGCGGGAUGGCGGAGGCGGGCGGAGAGAGCCCCACCGCCACAAUCACCACCACCACCACCCCCAGCUGCACUCCGCUGGGGCCGGGCCGGGCCGCGCUGUGCCGAGGAGGCGGCCCGCGGGGAGCUGUGGCCGGGAGCAGCGCCAGCCGUGCCGUGUACUUCUCAUCCAGCAGCGAUGAUGAAUUUGAAAUGUUUUUAGUGAAAAUGAAAACUCCCAAAUCAGUCUCUAAAAAGGAGGAUUCGAGUUUGAAGGACUUCAUCAAUGACUCAAUGGAUGAUUUCUUCUUGGACUUUAAAACGAGAAAGAGCACAACAAAGAAGGCACCAAAAGAUCUUCAGACCCCAAAGAAGCUGCUGACUUCUGAGAAGGAAAAUGCUUGCUCCCCAGAAUUGCAGUAUCCAGAGGUUCUGAGUGACACUGAUGAUUCUGUCUUUGCGGAGAGCCCCUGGCAGAGUUACCGAAGUGGAGGAGUGAAGGACCUGAAAGAGAGUUGGAAGUGCCUAAAGGUGCCACCUCCACUAAAUCUGAAAGAAUCAGUAGCCAGAGGUAGUUCGGGCUUCCCUGAUAGAAGGACAGAAAGAAGCUGCGAGAAGAGCACAGGAAAUAAAACGCCAGCCAUGCCACUCCGACAGAGUGCAGAGUUAGAAUCAGACAGCUCAGAUAGCGAAUUUGAAUCAUUAAUAGAACGGAUAAGGAAACGGAGUACUCCUCGGAAACCCAUCUUAAGCACAAGUAAAACUGUCUACCAGCCGAGCACAAGAGAAAACAUCAAGCCACUCUGUGAAGGUGCCCGGUCCUUGCAUGGAAAGGGAGUCAAGAUACCAACAUCAAAAUCCGUUUCGCUGCAAGAAACACCUUCCAAGAUAACAGCUUCUGUAGGAGUUCCUAGGAGUGAAUCUGUCAGUUGCUCACAGUCAGCACAGACAGAGAAAAAGCUCAACGUGUGCUCAGUGCCUGGCUGUUUCUUACAAGAUCUCUCAAAUCCAGCUUCCCAGUAUGUGAAGUAUUUCAAGAAGAGUAAAGAGGAGCUGACGCAGAAGCUUUACCGUCUCUAUAACAGCACUGUCUUUGAGCAGAAGUUACCGGAGAAAAUGGUAAUAAACUGGAACAAAAAAAUGAGAAAAACAGCAGGAUACUGUGUAACUGGGCAGACCAAAGGCCCCGAAGGGCAGCGUUACGCUCGGAUAGAACUUUCUGAGAAAGUCUGUGAUUCUGCAGAUCGCCUUCGAGACACGCUAAUUCACGAGAUCUGCCACGCGGCCACCUGGCUCAUCAACGGCGUUCGCGACGGGCACGGCCGGUUCUGGAGGUUCUAUGCCAAUAAAUCGGCCGUGGUUCACCCAGAGCUGCCGGUGGUAACGCGAUGCCACAGUUACGAGAUCAAGUACAAAUUCACGUACGCGUGCGUUGUGUGCAAAAGCACGAUCGGACGCCACUCCAAGUCGCUGGACACGGAGCGCUUCGUGUGCGCCUGCUGCGGGGGGCGGCUGCUCCUCAGUCAGCCCGCUCCCAAGGAGGGCACCCCCGCCAGGACCAACCUCACGCCCUUUGCCAAGUAUGUCAAAGAAAACUACGGCCUCGCUAAAAGAGAGCAGCAGGGCUUGAGUCACGCCGAAGUUAUGCGGAAACUCAGUGCGGAUUUCGCGUUGAAAACCAGGCUCGAAGAUGCCUUGUGAUGGUUGGAGGCGCUUGCUGCUUUGAUGCCGCUCGGUUUUGCUGUGUGGCAGUGAAGCUGAUGAUCCUCCUGUGGAAGCUGGGAGUGCGUGUUUUGGAAGCUUCCAGACCAUUUUCAGACUUUGGAUUUAAAUCCUUUUAAUAAAGACCCUGAGGGUUUUUCUAAACUGGGCAAGAGUGAGCGAAGAGUAAUGACAGUGAUGGAAAGUCUAUGGCAACAAUGCACAGAUCAAUCCGUCAGGCUCCCUCUCUUAAAAGAUGCAGUUCUAGACCCCUCCUAGGGCAGAGCUGUUACUGUUUGUGCUUUUCUGAGCAGUAUUUACACGCAGUGCUUCACAGCACGUGUUCCUUGACUCCUGUGAGCAACUGAUUUAUUGUUUCACCUGGGCAGCUGACCCACUCAGCUGUGUGGGUGCAGUACUCUCCUGUGUGUGUGUGUGUGCUAAUCUGCCUGGGCCUGCCAGGUGCAAGAAAACCCAGGUACCUGAGCAGCCAUCUCAUUCUGUCUGGGUGACUUCCAGGCAGGAGAGGAGGCAGACCUGAAGGAAGCCUUCAACACGAGUUCAGUUGUCCUCCCAAGGAGAGCUUGAGUGAUCCUUGGCUGUUUUAGUUAAAAGCACUAGGUAAGCAGUGCCAUGACCCCAUCAGCGUGAGGUUUUGCAAAGUUGUGUGGUUCCAAGCAAGAUCAAAAUUCCCUGAUUAAAUUUAGACCUCAGUUUUGUCUCUAAUAUUUUUUUUACCGUAGAAUGUGAAGAUCUAGUCUGAUGACGUAUCUGUUUCAUGCAGAACGUGAUUGAAUUAGUUAUGACGUUUGUGUGUGCUGUGAACAAAUCACUCAGGUGGCUGUUACUUUGGAAUAAUCAAUAAAUUGCUUUUUGUACCACGUGCCACAGUGAA